UCUCGGGUUUAGGUAGGAUUGGUGUUCCUGCUCAGAGAGACCCUGCAGCAAGGGAUGGGAUGGGCGUGAACCACACUCUCCUUUCAUUGCACAGAUCUGCUCGCAAAAAUACAUUUUUUUUUUUCUAAGUCUGACCAUAAAUCAUGAGAUGAAAAAUUACAUAAAAUUAUCUGGGAUGCAUCAAGUGAGAUGCACCAGAGCCGGUGGUCUGGGAAGUUUCAAACCUUCGAUUGUGUAAACUGCACAAUGUCGUAGGAUGCUGGGGACUUCUCGGUUUUAAGUUCCCUGCGGGUGAGGGCGCGGUCCGUUCGUUCCAACAGCUGCUGCGAUGGCGUUUCUAAGAGGGACGCCUGGCAGGGCGGUGUCGGGGUGCCAGGGCCGUGCUGGGAGGAGGAGCGCGCCGGGGGCCGUGCGGGGCCGGGCCGAGCUCCGGGUGUGUGUGACCGGCGGAAGCGGUCUCUCCACGUCCGGGUCGGGUGUCGCUGGCGGGGCGAUGCCGCUGGUGGUGCUGUGCGGGCGGCCGGGCAGCGGCAAGAGCCGGCGGGCGGCCGAGCUGCGGGAGGCGCUGGGCGGUCCGGAGCGGCCGGCGCACGUCGUGGCCGAGGCGGAGGGCGGCCGGGCGGCGCUGCGGGCCGAGGUGGAGCGGCGGCUGAGCCGGCGGGACGUGGUGAUCGUGGACGCGGGCAACGAGCUGCGGAGCAUCCGCUACGAGCUGUACUGCGCGGCGCGGCAGGCGGGCACGGCGCGCUGCGUCCUGCACUGCGCCGGCGGCGCGGGCGGCCCCGACGAGCCGCCCUUCGAGGAGCCGGACCCGGGCUGCCGCUGGGACCGGCCGCUGUUCGCGGUGCGCGGGGAGGAGGCGCUGCCGCUGGGCGCCAUCCGCGCCGCGCUGUUCGAGAGCGCCCCGCCGCCGCCGCACCGCGCCACCCGCACCCAGCCGCUGCAGUCCUGCGGCUUCCUGCACCAGCUGGACCGCGUCACCCAGGACGUGCUGGCCGCCGUGCUGGCCUCGCAGAGGAGCGGGGCGCAGCCCGGCGAGACCAUCCGCGUCCCCGGCGUGGCCGAGGGGCUGGUGCUGAGCCGGCCGGUGAGCGUGGCCGAGCUGAGCCGGCUGCGGAGGCAGUUCAUCAGCUACACCAAGAUGCAGCCCAGCGAUGAAAACCUGCCCCAGCUGGCCAGCAUGUUCCUGCGGUACCUGAGCCGCAGCAUCCAGUGAAGUGUCACCUGUGCCACCCAGCAGUGGCGGUGGUCCGGCCCCGAAGUACUCGCAGCGGGAAGGACGUGCCUUCAGGCACAGACCCUGCAGAGCCCGGGUCCGACCUGCCGGGGAUCGGAGCGCUUGGCAGAAGCAGCUCUGAGAAGGGGCCGUGUCCCUGCAGCGGCCGAGCCAGCUGCGCUGCUGGGAGGAUCUCUAGGGAAGUAGUUCCUCACCCCUGCGUUCUCCCCACUGGCAUCCUGCAAAAAGGAGAGCUACUGGUGCAUCCCCAAGCAAGUGAAGUCUCCUGUGGAGACACAAACCUCAGUAAUCAAAUAGUGUGGCGUGAAAGUGCAAAAGGUGAUGACUGUAGAGAAAACUUUUCCCUACACAUUGGAAUAAGAAGGUUGUUUUUCCAGAGCUGCCUCCAGAUAAUGUCAAACUGCAGAAGAGACCUCGGGUCCAGAACUGGAACAGGCUGUAUUUUUAGGAUAUGACUGUUUCAAAAAAUCUGACUGAGCCCAAGAGAAGUUUUCAACUCUGCACUGUAAAAGGGUGCUGGCAUAACAAACUCAAACUUCUCUGUUUCAGGUCUAAUAAUAAAAUGUGUGCCUUAAAUGGAGUAAAGUCUUAAUUUACUUGCGGGACUAUUUUACUGAAGUAACUUGGACACGUCUUUUUUCUUCAAGGUCAUCAUUGUACACCCUUAAAAACACAAAUUUCUGAAGAAUGAGUGCUGUCAUAGGAAAAAUUAGCUAAAAUGACAGCGUCUGCUCU